GGAUGUGCCCCUGACUGACCGCCUCUUCCACACGGGUCUCGCGGGGAGAUCAGCGCCGCUGCAGCCCAGGCCCACGCGCGAUGGCAAAUAAUCCUUGCACCAGGUAACAUUCCAUGCAUGCUCUGCACGUCAUCUGGAGUCGGUCCUUACAGUGACUCUGGAAAGAAGAAAAAAGGAUCACUAUCACAGCUAUGGCAGCACCAAAGAAAGUUCUGCUUGCCUCCCCUCCCGAUGGAGGCUGGGGAUGGAUGAUUGUUGUUGGCUGUUUCCUCGUUACUAUCUGCACUAGGGCUGUAACAAGAUGCAUCUCAAUUUUCUUUGUGGAGUUCCAGACAUACUUUGCUCAGGAUUAUGCGCGAACAGCUUGGAUCCAUUCCAUUGCAGACUGUGCCACAAUGCUGUGUGCCCCACUUGGAAGUUUUAUCAGUAACCAUCUAUCGUGUCAAGUGGGCAUCAUGCUUGGAGGACUGCUCGCAUCUGCUGGACUGAUCCUGAGUUCAUUUGCCACAAGCCUGGAACACCUCUACUUUUCAUUAGGCGUGCUUACAGGACUUGGAUUUGCACUUUGUUAUUCUCCAGCCAUAGCAAUGGUGGGAAAAUAUUUCAACAAAAAGAAAGCACUGGCUUAUGGAAUAGCCAUGUCAGGGAGCGGAAUCGGUACCUUCAUUCUGGCCCCUGUGGUCCAACUCUUGAUUGAACAGUUUUCCUGGCGUGGAGCCUUACUCAUCUUGGGCGGUUUUGUUUUAAAUCUCUGUGUCUGUGGUGCCCUGAUGAGGCCUAUUACUCUUAAGGAGGACCAUAAACACUCUCCUGAGUUUCUUGAACAGGAGUAUGUCUCAGAAGCACAGAAGCAAGACUUAAAGCAAUUGUCUAGCUGUUCACCUUUAUUCAAAGCAUGGUCUCAUGAAUGUCUGUGCUGCUGCUCCUGGCAAGAAUACAACUUCUUCCUGAUGCCAGACUUCCUGGUGCUAGCAGUGUCUGUUUUAUUUAUGGCAUAUGGCUGUAGCCCUCUUUUUGUCUACCUAGUACCUUAUGCUUUGAGUGUUGGUGUGAGUCACCAGCAGGCUGCCUUCCUUAUGUCCAUACUUGGUGUCAUCGAUAUCGUUGGUAAUAUCACGUUUGGAUGGUUGACAGACAGAAGGUGUCUGAAGAAGUACCGCUAUGUUUGCUACCUCUUUGCUGUGGGAAUGGAUGGCCUCUGUUGUCUCUUCCUUCCUGUUCUCCAAAGUUUCCCUAUGCUUGUGCCAUUCUCAUUUACCUUUGGGUAUUUUGAUGGAGCCUACGUUACACUGAUGCCUGUUGUGACAGCAGAUGUAGUGGGAACUGCUUCCUUAUCAUCAGCCCUAGGGGUAGUGUAUUUUCUUCAUGCACUCCCUUAUCUAGUGAGUCCACCCAUUGCAGGUUGGCUGGUGGAUACAACCAGCAGCUACACUGCAUCAUUCAUUCUGUGUGGAUUUUCUAUGAUAUUCAGUUCAACAUUACUGUGCUUUGCUAGACUAGCAAAGAAAAUCAAAAGGACACAGCUAAGGUCACUUACCAGAGAUACUGACACAAAACAGCAGAACUGGACAAAUGGAACAGCAGCUUAUUCUGUGUCUGGAGAUUUAGACCAAAAGGAUGUAAAAAUAUUGGCCACUGAGGCAAAUAGCUACAGCAACAGAUGACAAGUGACAUCAAGCUUUGGUAUGCAGCACAGCCAUGGCUAAGAGAGAUGUGACUGCACAUGCUACACCCUUGAAGAUAUAUUUUCCCAAUACAAUGAAAGAAACAAGGCAUCUUUCAACUAGAUUUUUCUCUCAUAUUUUAGUAGGAUAACAACUGUGAUUUAUACAGCUCUAAAGCAAAGUUAAAUGAAAGUUCUUCAGUUAACGUGUGCAGGAUAUUUUCUGAGUCAGUAAUGCUGGCUCCAGAGAUAAUAGGAUGAAUCUACUGAGGUAAUUGAUCAUAAUCAGAGGUUAUUCACAUGACCAUCACAAAGCAAAACUGAACAAUAGAACUUAAGUUGAAACUGUUUUAAAAACAGGGCUAAUGAAAUAAGCUUUUCAAUGUUGCACUCCGUUUUGUUUAUCAGUGGACUGACCAGCAAAAACAUGUUCCAAGCUUAUUGGUCUUUGCCAAAUGUUUGAAAAUCAUUGUUACAAAUGUCAAUGCCAUUGUUAAGGAAUUCUGCAGGAGAGUUGUGUUUUAGACCAUAUAGAACAUUAUUUCAAAGUAUCUCUGAAGCAGCUUUAAUUUUACAGUGUACCUAAAUUUUGCACAUAACUAGAAUGCAGCUUUUUGAGAUUCUUAGAUUCUUGCAGCUCUGUUCCCAAACUUGCUACAAGAUAUUUGCCCUUUCCCACUUCAAAGGUCCCUGGAAACUGGAUUUCUAGGGGGUAGAGUUCCAGUUCAGGUAUUAUUCCCUGUUGCUGAUCCCUUUUGUGAACAGAAGUGAAGGGAGCCUGUGACUGCCAUCCCAGCUGGCCUCUAGAGCCCAGUGUGUUUGGUUUGUCCUCCAGGGUUUUUAUGCAUGGGACCAGGCAUACUGAAAUGUAAAGGAGCCAAAGCAAAUUCUCAUUGCCUGAAAUCCAAACCAGACCCAAAUCCAGAGAGGUCCUUCUCUUCUCUAGAACUCCAGGGGCCAGAUCCUCAGUGAAUGUGAAUCCUUGAUUUACAACAGAUGAGGAUCUGGCCCUAGUUAUUUUUGGCUUGUUUGGGCCAGCAGACAACUGCUGACAUUUACUGCUGAUUCAGACUUAUUGUGUUGGGAAAAAAACAAUACAGUUAGGUGCUUCAGAAAAGCUAUGGAGUAAAUAUAGCUUGUGGGAUACAUUACUGAUACAUUCAUCUAUUAAAUAAUAAAAGAACGAGGAGUAUUUGUGGCACCUUAGAGACUAACAAAUUUAUUUGAGCAUAAGCUUUUGUGGGCUAAAACCAACUUCAUUGAAUGCAUGCAGUGGGAAAUAUAGUAGGAAUAUAUAUAUAUACACAGAGGACAUGAAACAGUGGGUGUUACCAUACUAACUAUAACGAGAG